AAGACAGCCCCUUUGAGAAGAACUACAGGCUUUGGCUAGACCUAUUCUGUUCAAGCAGGAAGUGUCACAGAACAAAGAAGCACAGCCGAACACAUUCACUGUGGAGCUCAGACUCAAUGGGCGUCUUCUGAACAACCGAGCAACCAAAGAACCAUGUGCUUCAGUACAUGAGAGAGAACAAGAGGAGCAAAAACACACCAGAACAUCUGCUACUCCCAGGGUAACCCUAACCCUAACCCUACUCCUACUCUCAAGAAACCACUGUGUGUGAAGACAGCCCCUUUGAGAAGAACUACAGGCUUUGGCUAAUUCUGUUCAAGCAGGAAGUGUCACAGCACAAAGAAGCACAGCCGAACACAUUCACUGUGGAGCUCAGACUCAAUGGAUGUCUUCUGAACAACCGAGCAACCAAAGAACCAUGUGCUUCAGUACAUGAGAGAGAAGAAGAGGAGCAAAAACACACCAGAACAUCUCCUACUCCUAAGUAGAGAGAUAGGCAAUAAAGGACAGCAACGUCAGAGACAGACAAUGGAGGGCAGCAACAGAGACAAUGGAACAAAGUAACAGACAACUGAGUCUAAUUGUAGCCUGAGGACACGCUCGCCUUAUUCUGGGUCUUGAGGAGGUGAACGGGCUUCUGGAGUGGCGUGUUGUUCAGAGCAAUGACGCAACAGAAAAGCGUGUGAGAUCCGGAGGGCGACAAGUUACGCAGAUAAGUCCCGCUGUCUUCCAACGUACCAGCGUCUGUAUCCUUGUCCGUGUCCUUAUUUGACCGCGGAUGGAAGGACCUAUGAUGAUGUAUGUGUCACAAACACUUGAACAGAGAUGUUAAAGACUGAGCGGGGUCAAAGGAUCAUGGCUAAAAGAAGUGGAGCCUUACAGCUACAGCAGGGCUGGAUGGAGGAGAGCUUACAGCUCAGUAUGUCAGCUUCAGGUCAUGGGUUCCACAAGACAUUGGAAAAAUCAUGCAACUCCUGGAGAUUUUUGUGGUGCACUUUCAUGCUGCAAAUCUCGGGUUCUACCACAUCCCAAAGGUGUUCUAUUGGAUUCAGAUCUGGUGACUGGGCAGCACAGUUUUCCACAAAGCAAGCCAACCUUCUUUCCAAAGAUUCUCCUGGUGCCUCUCAUCUUGUCUGUCAUCUUCAUCCUUUUCUACUUAAAAAACAGUUUAACUAUUACUAAGCCUUUUAUAGUUUAUCCUGACAGGACAGGGACACAUAAGGAAAUUGUUCAUCAAGAAACUGCUGAAAAGCAACCUGAUUCUUCUCUUGGAAUUACAAGUGCUACACGAAGUGCUACACCAAGUGCUAAACCACACUUAACGGCAUGUGGUGUGCAAGUUCAGAGUGGUCCAAUGAUUAAAGUUGUAAACCACAAAGCCUAUGUGAUCAGUUCUUAUGUGGAGCACCGUUUAAGCAGUAAAACGAUACGAACAGUUGCUAUAGUGUUUCGUAGUGAACAAGUGCAAUACUACUGCUUAUUAUGUUGCAACGGAAUUAACAUUUCUGCAGCUGCCCGUCUCGACAUUCACUCUGACCACUUUGAAUUUGACUAUGGCACGGCAGAUAUUACUUGUCAAGUCCCCACUACAUGCACAACACCAGCAUAUGUGGCUAUUACUUCCAAAACACAUGAAUGGGGCAGAUCUGUAUGGAAUAUACAAUCCUUCCAACCUGUUGGGAAUCAACAGCCCAGGACAGAAAACUUCGCUUAUGCUUUUACAGUAUGUAUAUCUGUAAUGUAUGAUUACAUGAAUGUGUUGGGGCUUGUGCAGGCCAUGGAGAUGUUCAAGCUGCUUGGUGUUCAGAAGGUAGCCAUUUACAAGACCAGUUGUUACCCAGAUACACAGAAGGUUCUGGACUACUAUGUUAGGCAAGGCUUUGUGGACAUCAUCCCAUGGACUGUGUCGUCCUACAUCAAGGUGGCCAGAGGAUGGAAGAAGUCUGAUUCACCAGGGGAACUGGAAUUCUUUGGGCAAAUUGUGGCUCUCAAUGACUGUGUGUAUCGCUACAUGUAUGAGAGUCAAUAUGUAGCUCUACAAGAUUUGGAUGAGCUAAUUCUUCCUUUGAAAGAAGAUAACUGGACAAGACUCAUUCCUCAGCUGGAGAAGAUUUACCAACAUCAUGCAGGAUUUGAGUUUGAGAAUAACGUAUUUCCCAUUUCCCUUUCCAGUAAUAAGAAACCUGAGAAUACACCAGGUUUUUGGAAGCAGUUUAAAGGAGAAAACAUCCUACCACAUGUAUACAGGAUACCCAAUGACCCAAAUGUGUUCAACAAUUUCAAAGUCAUUGUGAAUCCUCGGUUAGUGUUUAAAGCUACAGUACAUGGCGUUUUAGAUUCAGCAAGUGGUACUGUCAGGGUGGACCCCAAAAUUGCCCGCAUGUACCACAUUAAAAGGUAUCCAAGCAAAAACGUUAGAGCAAAUUCCGUUAUAAGGGAUACACGUCUGUGGGACUAUGUAGAUAAGCUGAUUCCUGCUGUAUCUGAAGUACUUAGACAAGCACUGAAUAUUCAAUGAAAUCAACUGUAUAAUUAAGUGUGUAUAUUUACACUGCUCAAAAAAAUAAAGGGAACACUUAAACAACACAA